GCCGGGACCCUCGGGCGGGGGCCGUCUCUGCCGGAGCAGCCGGGACGCGCAGGACUCGCAUCCCGCGCGCGCCCGACCCCAACUCGGUUGGUCCUCAGCUCCCGCGUCCUCCGUGCGUCCACGGAGGAUGAGAAGGGUGAGGGCCUGCGGCCCGCGGCCCCCGGCUUCUCUGUGAUCCUCCCAGGCCCUCUGCGAGGACCCUGUUCCCCCAUUUUACAGAUGGAGAAACUCGGACACAGCGAUUGCUAGUGCUGUAGCGACUCAGCUGAAUUGGUGGUCUCCCUUACUAAGACUGCAGGGCCUCAGCAGAGAUGAGGACGCGCUUAGGAAGUUCCUGGCACGGAGUAAGAGCUCCCUUAAGCUGCAGAAGAUGUCAAUGUUACUUUCGAAGAUCAACAAAAAAUAAAUAAAUUUGCGCGGAAUACGAGUAGAAUCACAGAGCUAAAGGAAGAAAUAGAAGUAAAAAAGAAACAACUGCAGAAUUUAGAAGAUGCUUGUGACGACAUCAUGCUCGCAGAUGAUGACAGCUUAAUGAUACCUUACCAGAUUGGUGACAUUUUCAUUAGCCAUUCUCAAGAAGAAACACAAGACAUGUUAGAGGAAGCAAAGAAAAAUUUGCAAGAAGAAAUUGAUGCCUUAGAAUCCAGAGUAGAAUCAAUUCAGCGGGUGUUAGCAGAUUUGAAAGUUCAGUUAUAUGCAAAAUUUGGCAGCAACAUAAACCUUGAAGCUGAUGAAAGUUAAACAUUUUAUAAUACCUUUUUAAAUUUGUUUAAUAAACUUGAAUAUUGUUUAAAAUGAUAAUUUCCCUUCAAAUGACAUGGAAAGGAAAUCUUUCUUUUUUUAAAGUUUUCAUUUAUUUAGUGGAAACUUGCCUAUUUUCACGUCUUGCUUAUUUAUUUUAUAUUUUUAAAAGACAGUAUUCAUCUAUGUAUUUUGCAUAAUGAUUAUAUCAAUUCUAGGGGCUUUAUGUCAUGUUAUUAAAAUCAGUUAAACAAUC